AUGACGGACAUAUGUUACCGUUGCCAAAAACCAGGGCAUCGUUCUAAUGUUUGUCCAGAGCGGAAGCAGGCCAACUUUAUCGAAGAAGCCAAUGAAGAUGAGGAAAACGAUGAAGUCGGGGAAGAUGAUUAUGCAGGGGCUGAAUUUGCAGUUGAGGAAGGAAUGGAGAAGAUUACCUUGGUUUUGCAGAGAGUUCUUUUGGCACCAAAGGAGGAAGGGCAGCGUCAUAGUAUUUUUCGUUCCCUCUGCUCAAUCAAAAACAAGGUGUGUGAUGUGAUCGUCGAUAAUGGAAGUUGCGAGAAUUUCGUGUCAAAGAAAUUGGUGGAGUAUUUGCAGCUAUCUACGGAGCCUCAUGUCAGCCCUUACUCACUAGGUUGGGUUAAAAAAGGCCAUUCGGUUCGUGUAGCUGAGACUUGCCGAGUGCCACUGUCAAUUGGUAAGCAUUACAGAGAUGAAAUAUUAUGUGAUGUUAUUGACAUGGAUGCAUGCCAUAUUUUGUUAGGGCGACCUUGGCAAUUUGAUGUGGAUGCAACUUUCAAGGGACGAGAUAAUGUAAUUCUGUUCUCUUGGAACAACCGGAAAAUUGCAAUGGCAACCACACAGCCCGCAAAGCAAUCUGUUGAGCCCAAGACGAGGAGUUCUAGUUUCCUAACCCUAAUUCGCAGCGAGCAGGAGUUGAACGAGGCUGUCAAAGAAGCGGAGUGUUUUUGUCCCUUGGUGUUGAAGGGGUUGUUGAAAAUUGGCGGAGGAGAAGGUGACAUUCCACAAGAUGUGCAGAAGAUUUUGAAUCAAUUUCAGGAACUACUUUCUGAAAAUCUGCCAAACGAGCUGCCUCCUAUGCGGGACAUACAGCACCGAAUUGACUUGGUGCCUGGAGCUAGCCUUCCGAAUCUGCCCCAUUAUCGGAUGAGCCCCAAGGAGAAUGACAUCCUGAGAGAACAGAUUGAAGAAUUACUGCGGAAAGGAUUUAUCCGGGAGAGUUUGAGUCCUUGCGCCAUUCCUGUUUUGCUGGUUCCAAAGAAAGACAAAACUUGGCGAAUGUGUGUUUAUAGCCGGGCAAUCAACAAGAUAACAAUCAAGUACAGGUUUCCCAUUCCACGGUUAGAAGAUAUGCUGGACGUUCUUGGCGGCUCAAGGGUGUUUUCCAAGAUAGAUUUGAGAAGCGGAUACCACCAGAUUCGCAUACGACCUGGAGACGAAUGGAAAACAGCGUUCAAGAGCAAGGACGGAUUAUUUGAAUGGUUGGUGAUGCCAUUCGGAUUGUCAAAUGCACCUAGCACUUUCAUGCGACUCAUGAAUCAGGUAGAUGACGAGAAGAUCAAGGCAAUCCUUGACUGGCCAGCUCCAAAGACAGUUUCUGAAGUUCGAAGCUUCCAUGGCUUGGCCACCUUUUACAGAAGAUUUGUGAAGCAUUUUAGCACCGUUGCUGCACCUAUCACAGAAUGUUUGAAAAAGGGCCGGUUCAGCUGGGGAGAGGAGCAAGAGAGAAGCUUUGCAGAAAUAAAAGAAAAGCUUUGCACCGCACCGGUUCUAGCUCUUCCAAACUUUGAGAAAGUUUUCGAAGUUGAAUGUGAUGCCAGCGGUGUGGGAGUCGGAGCUGUGCUCUAA